GUGAAAACUACCUUGGCUUUGUUUGGUCAACUGUAGGUUUGUUUUUCAGAACAUUCGAAUUCAUUUUGUGUUGUCAACGUUCGUCCGGUGUAAAUCCCGAUCGUCCCGUUUAAAACCGUUUCACAAGUAUUUACAGUACCCACAUCCACAUUUAUCUUGAGUUACACUACUAAAACCAAUAUGGAACUAGCUUUCCUUACUUCCAUUAUGUCUGGGGGGAUCGGUGUUUUUGUUGGUUGGUGUAUCUUUCGUCGGCGUGGUAGCAGUGCCAAUCUAGCAUCAAAAUUGACUCAUUUCAUGCCUGUUCCUGGUAAAAUGAAGCUAGUGUUAAUAGUACGGUCCGAUCUUAAAAUGGGUUGUGGUAAGAUUGCUGCUCAGGUAAGUUAUCUUCUCAUACUCCUAAUGUCCCCGGUUUUAAAGUGUUCUCAUGCUGCUAUUUCUUGUUAUGAGGAAAUUAUUGAGAAAAAUCCUGGUAUUUUGAAGGCAUGGGAAGAACAAGGACAACCCAAAAUCGUACUUAAAGUUGACAACUACGAAGAAAUGUGAAUUCAGUCAUGACUAACCCAUUGCUGUAUUUAGGCUUAAACUAUCCGACAAAGCCGAGUCAUUAGGCCUUGUAAAUUCAAUCAUACAUGAUGCUGGCCAUACACAAGUUCCUAAAGGCACUGCAACUGUUCUUGGUAUAGGACCGGCUUUAGCUUCUGAAAUCAACCUUGUUUCCGGUGAUUUAAAGUUGCUUCCUUGAGACUAUCCCUAUAAACACGACAUAUGCGCCAGUGUAAAGUUGAAACCCAACUAUUUUAAAGACGUCAAGCAAAAAAAUAUAAAAGAUUACGUUUGCUAA